AUGCGCCAGUUGCCAGCGAGCGGCGAGGCCGCGACGAGCUUGACGAUGCUUCCAGGCGGGGUCCACGCGGCCGGCGACGGUGCCCCAGACCUGGUGUCUCAUUUUGCGCCUCACGUGCGUGGAGGCAACUCGGGAGGCGUCGUCGCCUUUGUCGAGAGUGCGCGCGUGGCAGUCGCUCCCGAAGCUUGCGCGACCCUUCACAUGCUGCCUCCGCUGGCGGCUCACAACAUGGGGUCUCCGCUCGUCGUUCGCGGCGGCGGUCCCUCUGGCGCCCAGACGCCCGGCGACCCGGCCGCGGCGGCGGCGGCCUGUCCUGCGCCCCUGGAGCACGCGCCGUACGAUGUCGCGCCUUCCUUCGUCGUCGGACUCCACGCCGCGCCGCCGCCUGGCUUCGCGCCGGUUCCUACCGCGGCGCCGGCGGUGUCGGCGCUCCCAGGCGUCGUCGCCCUCAGUGUGCGCCCGCACACAGCCUUUCUCAAGCAAGAAGGCAACUGGCUGGCGCGCGAUUUCUACCAGGAGCGGCGGUGGAAAGUCGCGGCGUCGGGGCGCGUCGGGGGCCUCGUCGCGGCGCGCGCCCGCUGGCUGGAGCUGCGAAAGAAGAGAGAAGAAAGAAAACUCCUUGCGUCGCCUGUGGCCGCGGCCGUCCAGUCCCUGUGGCUCGGGGCACUCAGUCAGGUCGAUGCGUCUGUCAUUCCUCCAUCGCUUCAGCCGUGCUGCGGAGCGCUGCCGCCGACUGGAGGCAAUCUAGAGCUGCGCGCGUCGCUGCUGGGUCGGCGACAUCGUUUCGCUUCUUCAGCUUCUUCUUUUCGUCCGUCUGUUGGCUCGUCUAGCGCGCAGCCGGGCGACGCACAGCCGGGCGACGCGGAGCCCGAGGCGGCUGUCGACUCUGGCGUCUCCUCGUCUGUCAACUUGAAGGCGACGCUGCUGAGAGAGCAAGUCCGCAACAACGCGGACGCGCUGUUCGCCCCGCAUGUCCGCGGCAAGAUCGGUUCGCUGUUUUUCUUCCGCGACUCACCCUUCUCUGUCUUCGCCGACGAGGAGGCGACUCUCUUUCUCGCCUCGCUCGCCGCGCUGCGGCCCGGGGGGCCUCCGGGGCCCGCGGACGAGCGACGCAGAGAGAAGAGAGAGGAGGACCUGAAGGCGAAGAAGGACGACGACGGGAAGCCCGCCGCAGGAAGAAGAAAAAGCGUCCCCGUGGAGGCGGACGGAGGACGCCGCGGCGAAGAGGCCGAAGAUCUCAGGGACGAGGAGGUCUCUGGAAGAGUCGGCCGCAGAGACCGCGCAGAGGACGGCGAGAGAGAGGGCGGAGAGGGCGGAAGGCAGGACCCCAAGCGCGAAGAACGGCCUGGGAAGCACGCAGAAACAGACGAUAGAACAGACGAUGAAGACAGUCCGCUCGUCUCGCCGCAGAGUGCCCGGCUGGAUACGGCUGGGGACGACUCUGCGCGGCCCUCUUCGCGUGCGCAUCGCAGAAGGAGCGCGGCUGACGACGCUGUCCCCGCGUCGUCUGACCAGUUCAUCCCUGUUUCAGUUCCUCUCCAUGUCUUCUUGCUCGACACCGUCGCCCGCAGCCUGGAGAAUCAUAGGGUGCCGCUGUCGGGCGCGCGCCGCAGAGCCUCUGGCGACGCAGACCGCGGGGACUCCAGUCUCCUGGGGCCGUCCCUCUUCGCCUCCUGUCGCUCGCCGGCCGCCGUGGUGCUGCCGUCGUCUUCUAGGGACGGGUGCGACGCGCGCUGCGCAAACGGCAGCGAGAAGAAGCAUCCCGAGAAGAGAGAGGAGGAAUCCACUCUCUGCGGGAGGGACAUGGGACUGCCCGCCGGCGUCUCCGAGGCGUCUCCUUCCGCAGGGAGCAUCUCAGCAACGUCACGAGGAGAGGUGGACUCUCCCGUGCACUCUGUCAGCACGACCUGGUCUUCUUCGCUGCCUCUGGCGAGCUCGUCGAAGGCCGCGUCCGACGGCUCGCCGGCGCCGGCGUCGGGCGCGUCGCCCGCGGAGAGAGACAAGACAGGGGCGCGGCCGAACGGUGAGCGGCCCGACGAAGAUACCCCUGGCGGGGCCAGCGGCCCGCGGGGGUCGACGUGGGGCGUACAGGGGGCGUGCGCCUGCUGCUUUUGCCGCGAGGGAGGCGCCGGGCGCGCUAGCGACAAGCUGCCCUCCGCGUCCCCAGGGCCUGAUGAGGCUGGCGGCGCGUCCGCCGCGGAGCCCGCAACGGGCGCAUCUGAGAGCGAAGAGGGCGAGCAGCAGCACUGCAGGUGCCAAGCGUGCUUUCUUUCUGAAGGUGUCCUUUCCAAGCGAGAAUUUCUCGCGGGCAGUCCGCAGCUCGGUGCCGCGGAUCACCUCCGGCAGUACGUGGGGUCGUCCUCGUCUCCCGUCAUCCAGGACCUCUCCUUUUCUUCUCGGUUUUUCCCGGGUGCGCGGGGCGGCCUGUUCUUCGCCGGGGGAGACCGCGAUGCGGGCUUGCUGGGCGCCGAGCUUGCGGAAAGCGAUUUUGUCUCCAUUUCUGACUGGCUCUACCUGACACACGAAAAGACGCUCGACCUCGCGGCGCCGCUGACCUUUGACAUCCUGGCGAACGCUCCUCCAGGCCUAUUCCUCGGCGCGGCGGUCGCUGGGCUCUCUGAAAAAGCGACCCCGUCGCCGCUCUCGCGCCGCUCGCGCGAGGACAAGGGCGCAGGCGCCUACGGCUCCGCGAGGGCGAAAGGCCACGGCCGCGGCUCUAGCCGCUUCGGGUCCCUCCACGUACCCCCGGUGUCUCCUCCUGCCCACCGUGACCCCACCGCCGCCUCGCUGGGCGACGGCGCCCCAGACGCGGGGGGAAGCGGGCCAGGGCGCGAAGCCGCGACUGUCGGCGAGGACGACGUGAAGGACGAGAAAGGGCGCGGCGGAGGCGCAGCGGUACUCGCUGUGGGUGGGCGGGGAGACCCGCUCGACAAUGCGGAGAGACGCGGCGGCGGCGACGAGUGCGCGCGCGACGGAAGAGAUCUGGCGGCCUCUGCGGAGAGCGGCGCAGGCCGCGAGCGAGAAGAGGAAGGCGAAGAAGACGAUGACGACGAGCGCCUGGCGGCUGCGGGCGCGGCGUUGGCUGCCGCCGCGGGUGCCGCUGCGGCCCUGGAUGCGCACAGAGCGGAAGGCCCCGGGGACGGCGCGGCGGGGGCGGCCGCUAGUGGGCUGUGUCGCCAAAAGUCGAGGCUGGCGCGGAAAGAGAGAAAGCGAAAAGCCGCGUGGAAGCUGCUCGAGAACGUCUCCCUCGCGGCCAUCUGGGACAUCCUCAACAAAAAGGCCGAGACCGGACUCGACACAGACCUCCUUCCCGUCGAGUUCCGCGCCCCCGACUGGCGCCUCGACGUCUGCCAAGUCCCGGCGCUCAAGGCGGGAAAAGACGACUGGAGCGACGCGGUUGAGCAGCUCUCCGGGCUGGCGGCGGGUGCUUCGUCAUCUCUUGACUCGCCGUCGUCGUCGUUUUCGCACUUGCCGGGCUUUGUCUCCUCCUCGUUGUUUGAAGGCGCCGCGUUUGCUGCGUUCGCGGCCAUGGGCGGUUUGUCCCCGAUGGUCUCCGCGACCCAGCUGGGGGCGGGCGGCGACCCCAGCCCGAGCAUGUUUACGCGCCCGUACCCUUUUUCGUCAGAGCUCAUGUUUGGGGCCUCGCCGCAGGGGGCAGCCGCAGGCGAUCGUCGGCGAGCCGGGGCGUUUCCAGACUACCUCGGACACCUCUCCUCGUUCGGGCCUCUCUCGUCGUCCUUCGGGCCCGACGGGUUCGCGAUCGCAGGGGGCGCCCUCUCGCCCCCCGCGAUGGAGCCCAGCGAGCCCGAGCGCGGCGACAAGGAGAACCGCGAGCACGACGACGGCAGAAAAGACCCUCGAGACGACGCGACACACGUGGCUCCUUUGGGGGGUGGCGUGUAUUUCCAUGGAGCCGCCGGGGCGGACCGCGGGCACCGGCCGGGCGAGCUUGGGGCCAGGGGGUCUCCGGACGGGAGACUCGAGCAUGGGCUUCCUGGGUCGUACCCCUUCCUCGUUUCGUCUCAGGCUUCGGCCUCGCCCUACGUCCAGCGCCACCCGCCAGGUCGGGGCCUCAAGGGGCCUGAAGACCUGCGAGGUGCCGCCUUUUCGUCAGCCUACCUCGGCAAAGGCCCCUACGCCCCGUCUCCGUAUGCGCCUGGCGCCCCGUAUGGCGCCUUCCCGCCCGGAGCGGGGCGCCCGCCUAUCGGGCCCGCGGUUGCGGGCGCCGCUGGGCUCCACCCGCCCCCUGCGGGGGCUGGAGGGGCGGGUGUUGGCCCUCGGGGCCCGCAUCUCGGUCCCCCGCUUGGAGCCCAAGCAGGCGGGCACAAAGGGCAGCCAGCGGGGGCUGGCGCCGCGCGGACUCGAGACGAGUACGGGGCGCAGCGAGGCACGGGUCUCCUGUCUGCCGGGGGCGUCCCGUCGCUGGGGGCGGGGCGCUCAGGCGGGGGACGCUAUCUUCCUCAAUGGGACCUGAAUGAGAGCGCAAUUUUGCUUUCGCUCGUCAAGAAGUUUGGCCAGCCAAACAGCUACUUGUCGCUGGGCGUGACCCCCAAGCCGCGCGCAUGCGGGCAGUCUGGCACUCGCAGCGAGGACGCGCGCCGGCGCGGCUUGCCGGUUGUGGCGGGCCUGAGGCGGCGCCUGCUGCUCCACCGCAAACUGUGGCAAAGGGAACAAGGCGAGGGCGAGGAGAAACGGGUGCGUGAGGCCGGCGCCAAGGCCUCCCUCUCUGUGUGGCCUAAGAAGCGGAGACUGCACGCGCUGCUGGCGUCUCUCGACGGCGAAGAACGAUCCGCCGGCGCCCCGGGCAAGGGACAGGGCGAAGAAUUCAAGGGCCAGAAGGCACCGGGCGUCUCGAGUGCUGGAGGUGCUGGAGCGAGCGAGGCGAAGAAGACGGGGGACCGGGAGGCGGACGAGGGGAAGACCGCCUUCCCCUCUGUGUUGACCUACUCCUCGCGCUCAGUCAACUGGGGCCUCGUCGCGACGACGCUGAGUCACUCUGGCACGUGGCUGUCGAAUGCGUUGGCAGGCAGCGAAGCGGGGCGGAGGCAGUCGUCGUUUUCCCCUCAGGGCAUCUCGCUCGUUUCCAUUGGCGACGCGAUGGCCUCUUCGGCCGUCUCGCGCCUCCGCUCGCCGGCGGAAUGCCGCGAGCAAUACUUGCUAUUGCGCGCUCACCUCCGACACAUGUUGGGGCAGCCAAAGAGCCAGAGGCACCCGAUGCUUGUUCUCCUCCUUCAGCAGUAUCACAAGCAUGUGCGCAGACACCCGACCUUCCAAGAAAACUUCUACCCCUUCUCCAAGCAGACGCCGGGUGGAAGCAAGAAUCUGUCGCAGACGAUGCCGCCUUGUCCGCCGCUCUUUUCCCACAGCGUGAGGGAGAGUCUGGCGCCGACGUCCUUUGCGCCUCUGUUGGAGUCUGCCUCUGCGUCCGCGGUCGUUGGCUCCUGCGCGUCUGCGCGGGGGGUGCUGCGCGGCGAAGGCCUCAGCGGGUCGCUCGGCGUCCAGCCCCCCCUGCCUCGCUCCGCCGAGGAGAUGGAGCCCGCGCGAAAGAGGCUGCAGGAGGAGGCGUGCGAGGGAGAAGGACGGUCGUUGCGAGAGAAAAAGAGGGUCUUCGCGGCGGUGGAUGGCGAGCAAGAAAGCCUGCUGACGCACGCGCAGCGGGCAGUUGUGGUUCUCGAGGCCAGAGACCGGGGGAUGAACACGGCGGGGCCGAUGGUGAUGUGUGCACAGAACGCGGGAGGAAGAGGAAGGAAUCUCGAGAUGACGCACUCACCGCCAAGCGAAGAAGACUGGAAGGCGAAGGCGAGCAGGGAGGGAGUGAAGAUGCCCGCGCGGUGGUGUUCUCCGUGUAUCCUCUCGCGGGCUCAUUCCUUCAGGAUCUCACGCUGUGGAGUUCGAUGCUGCUGCGGAGCGACGAGCGGUCGCCAGCAGCCAGGCAGCCUCGAAGGCGCUUGGGAGGUGCGUCUGGGCCGUUGGAGCGCUUCCUUAGGGUCAUGGCGCGUAGGCGGCGCGAGGGGCUCGCGCGCGGAGGAGACGCCUAUCCCCGAGACAGACAGCGCGACCUUUGAAGAGACGAACGCAGACAGCCUCCCUCGCCGUCUUGAGCUCGUGCUGGUGGCGGCGUCUCAGCUGUCGCCAGGUUCGGUGUGUGCGCCAGGCAGCAGAAACGAGGCCGCGGUGCGCGACCGGCUCCGCGCCCUGCUGGGGUCUCUCCUCGUGGGGGUUCCAUCCGCGCGCGACAGACGCUGGGCGACUCCUCGCGUGGUGCCUGCGAGUGUCGGCACCGUGUGGGCUGGGGACGUCCCGGGUGCGCAGGUUGUUUGGGAUGCGUGUGGAGAGCUUGUGAAGUCCGCCUACAGCCUGUCGCGUCCCGGGGCGCUGCCGCCGCUGGAGGCAAGGUUCCACUUGGGCUAUUUGGCGCCUCGGUGGCUGCCACUCCCUUCUCCGGCGAUCUCCGCGAACCGGGCCUUCUUUUCCUCUGUGUCGACCCAACUGUCUUCCUCCAAGACCGCACGCCCACGUGGGGACGCCGGCCCGAAGCCCAGCAGGCCCGCGGCGGGGACCGCGUCAGCCGGGCCUGGUAAGGAGGGACAGGCGACGACGGCGGCUCGGCCGCCAGGCGCCGAGGGCGAAGCGCUGAAGGAGAGCGACCUCACUAGGGAGUCUGAGCAGCCCAUGGAUGCCGCGGGAGAGGCCCUGUCCGCCGCGAAGACGAGUGGGUCGGCGCCAGAGGAAGACAAGAAAGGAGGCACCUGCAGACGCGCCGGCGACGACGACUCUCUCUCGAGUUUCGUCGCCUCCUCAGCAAAGAAAGAAGGCUUUUGGCUGCUUUUGGGCCCCGUGGGAGAGAACUCUCCAGGAGAAGGUGCACAAGCCGCGGCGGGCCGUCAGGUCCCCGCCGCGUGGAGGACGUCGCGCUACGGCUCGGGUGGAGGCGCUGUCGGCUUCGGCGCAGAGGGGCCUUCCUUCCAUGAGUUGAUUCGAUGCGUCACCCGCAAGAGCUUAAGCGCGCUCGCGUGCUCUGUCUCGCACUUGUGCCGGCGAGGUCGACUGGCGGCGCGUUCGGCGUCGAGCUCGGCGGCGCGGGCCCACCUGCGGGCCUCGGCUGUCUCCAGCGGUCGCGGCCCGAGCGGGCCUUCGGACGCCUCGGGCCCCGUGGGGACUGCGGCAGCCCAGCGACAGGCUGCAGGCGGCGGGCCGCAAGACGCGGCUGCCGGCGCAGAAGGGGACAACUGUUCUUUCUCCUCGGGCGCGGGAGCGGGCCGUGGAGAGCGUCAGGGCGCGGACGCAGCGCGCCAGAGGCGAGCCGCAGGGGCAAGUUCCAGCGACGUGGGGCUCCCUGGAGAGAUCAGUCAACAGGAGGCGGAGGGCAUCAAGCUGGCGGCGGCGCUCGUGUGUCGAUGCAGCGACAGCAUGCGAAAGCGCUUGGCGGCGCUGAACAGUUUGUCAGACGCCCUGGGCGUCCGCAGCCUUCUCCCGCCCGGCGUGCCUGCGAAUUCUCUGCUCGUUCCCCCGCAUCCGUCUCAGCUGCGGUUCCUCGAUGGCGCCAGCCACCUCCUCAGUUCGUACGUCCAACGCCAAGAAGCCCCGUCUCUUCUGUACUCGCCUUCGUCGCCUCGCGCCUCUUCGUCAGGCGACGCUGGAGGGGACGCGUCCGCGGCGAAAUCCGCCAAGGGGCCGGAGUCGGGGUCCUCAGGCCGGUUGUCUCUCGGCGUUCUGCCUCUCUGCGGGCCCCUCGCGCCUCAGCAAUUCGGCCCCGGUGUCAUGCCCUGGCUGCUGAUCGCGAAUCUGGCUCUUCAGAGAGAAGAGCAAGAACAACUUUUGGUCUGUGCGACAAACUGGCUCCAUCAGUCCGCGUCGUCGCGGACGUCGGCGUCUCUUCAGCCCUUCCCCAAUCCCACGUUGGCUGUAGCCGGCGCGGGCCCUGCCAUCGUCACCCCUGCGGUCGCCUCGCUCGAGGCCUUCAGGAAGCCCCAGCUGCCAGAAGUUCUUGCGCUCUUCCGCGCUCAGCAGACGGCCCACAGAGCGUCGGGUCUGCAUGCGCGAAACCCGCACGAGGCCGCUUUGUCCUCUCGACAGCAAUCGUCGUCUGCGUCGCACUACGUCAUUACGCGGACGGGGCCUUCCUCUGUUUCAGCGUCUGGGGCUCUCUCUUCUUCGUCUCUCGCGUCUGCAUCCUCUGCGUAUCUUUCUUCCCACUCCGCGCACGGCACGCCGCCGCCUCGAGUCGUCGUCUCCCCGUCGCCGAUGCCACCUCCCGCGCAGGGCGGGUCUCUACCCCCGGCAGCAGCGGGCGCGCUGCCCGGGCCUGCCGGGGCGGCGCCGCCUUCGUCUCCGGGGCGAGGCCCUCAAGAUGGCAAGGGAGGCCCACGGCGUCUCCCGGGGAGAGAAGGCGAAAUGCCCGUCGCUUACUCUCGAGGGCAUCUCCCCAAAGAGAGACAGCCUGGGUCGUCUGGCCCGGACGCGGGAAUGCCGCCGGGCUACCUGUAUCCUCACGGAGGCGUGCCGCCUGCCGGCGCGGCUUCACACGCCCCGGGGGCCCCGUUUCCAGGCCAAGGCGGGGGGCUCCAGGGGCGCAGCCGAGGCCCCCUGGCGGCGGGGCAAGCGGGUGACGCUGCCUGUCAACUUGGCAUGCAGCUCGGGGCGGCAGGCGGUCGCGCAGGCCAGGGAGCCAAACCCGGAGCUCAGGAUCCGUCGUUUCACGCCUCUGCGGGCUCCUCUGCGCCUCUGGCCUAUCCCCAUUCUCUGGCCUCUCCUCCAGGCGGCGGCGCCACCGCGCCCUCUUUCCAGGGAGGGGCGCGGGCGAGCCCGCCGCCAAGCGCGACAGAGGGCGACAGGCCGUCAAGUGCAGCGAGGGACGUGGCGUUCGCGGCGCAUGUAGCGGCCUCCGAGCAGGGCGGCGGCUCCGGGUCUGCUGCACGGCCUGGAGAAGGCGAAGCGGCGGCGUCGGGCGCCGGACAGAGUGGCAGGGAG